AUGGGUAAGAAGCGCACAUACGAUGAUGACGACGAUGUGGAGGAGGAUCUUGAGGAUGACGAUGCAGCUGCCGGACUUGAGGAUAGUGAGGAUGCAGGAGGCAGCGACGGCGAGGGGCCGAGCAGAAAAAAGAAGCGGCGAGGGGCAUCCUUCAUAGAUGAGGCCGCUGAGGAGGACGACGAGGAUGAUGAUGAUGAUGAUGAAGGAGACAAGCAAAAGAAAAAAGGGCGAUCGGUGUUUAUUGAUGAUAUUGCCGACGUCGAUGACGAGGAUGAGGAAGAGGAGGUCGAAGAGGACGCAGAGGAUUUGAUUGAUGACCGUGACGUGGAGAUUCCGGACGCAGCAGCCGCUCCGCUGAACUACCGGCGCAUCACGCGCGAGGAGGACAAUGCGCGGGAGGAGGACAUUCUCCGCCGAAUUGAGGAGCGCUACAGGGACUACGCGGGCGAGGACAUUCCGGACACGGCGGAGACGGGAGUGGUGGGCCAGCAGGGCCUACUGCCCACACCCAACGACCCCAAGCUCUGGCUGGUGACCUGCAAGGCCGGCCAUGAGCGGGAGGCGGUAGUGCAGCUGCUGCAGAAGUCUUACACGAUGGCGGAGCGGGGUGCACCUCUGCGGAUUUUGUCUGCGGUGGCACUGGAUCACUUGCCGGGCUUCAUCUACGUGGAGGCCGCCAAGGAGUCCCACGUCAUGGACGCCAUCCGGGGCCUUCGAACUGUGUACGUGGGCAAGGGCGCCAAGCUGGUGCCGCUGAAUGAAAUGGUGGACGCGGUGACUGUCAACAAGAAGGCCAAGGACGAUAUGGCUCGCGACACGUGGGUUCGCGUGCGCGGCGGUCUGUAUAAGGACGACCUGGCUCGGGUGGUGGAUGUUGACCCAGUCGCGGGGCGAGCUACCAUCAAGUUGCUGCAUCGCCUGGACUUCGCGGCUAUGGUGAACAGGACGGAGGAGCAGCGCAAGAAGAACCCCUUUGGUCGAGCACCGACAGUGCGGCCCAUACCCAAGGUGUUCAAUCCGGAGGAGGCCCGUGUAGCCGGCUUGCUGGUCCAGCGGCUCCCCGCGCAGGACGGCAUGCCGUCCUACCAGGUCCUCUCACACACCUUUGUGGGGGGGUACCUGCUGAGACGAGUGGGGAUGAAGACGCUCAUUGUGCUGGACACGCUGCCGGGCCUGGAGGAGGUGGCUCGCUUCAACGCUGGCGCCACCACAGGCGAUGACGACGCACCCGCCACUGACCUGUCCUCCCUCAUGGCUACCCUGCCCACCGACGGCACGUCCGCUCACAAGGGGACCUUCAUGAAGGGCGACAAGGCAAGAACGGGCGCUAGAGGUUUGGGUGAUCUGGAGAACUUGACGGCACGUGUUACGGGUCUCACGGCGGAUGGCGCUAAAGUAACGGCGAUUCCAGACAUCAAGGGCUUUGCGGAGGAGGUGGAGUUUGAGCCCGACGAGCUGACAAAGGUGUUUUCGGUGGGGCAGCGUGUGCGGGUACUGGCGGGCCAGUAUGCGGGCGACACGGGCAUGGUGGUGCGGGUGGAGGAGGCGCUGUGCUACCUCAUCUCGGACACCAACCGCGAGGAGAUCAAGGUGUUUGCCAGGGACCUGACAGAGAGUGAGGUAGUGGCCGCGGGCAUUGAGAUGUUGGGUGAGUACCAGCUGCAUGACCUGGUGCAGAUCAACCAGAACACGGCCGGUGUGGUGGUCAAGAUUGAGAAGGACGCGGCAAGGGUCCUAACCAACAACGGCACCCCCGAACAGCCCGAUGUGCGGCUGUACCGGCUGACAGACAUCCAGCGGAAGGUCACGUUCAAGCAGAAGCCAGUGACUCAGGAUCAGGCGGGAAACCCGCUCCGGGAAAAGGACUAUGUGGUGAUCCAGUCGGGUCGCUUAAAGGAUCGGGGCGGCAGCGUCGUCUACAUUUGGCGCGGCACGCUUUUCCUACACUGCAAAGAAAUUACGGAGAAUGGCGGCUACGUGGCCGUGCGUUCCUUUUCCACUCGCCUGCGCGGCGCGUCCAGCGGCGGCGGAGCCGGCGGCUCCCUCAACUCGGCACGUGCCAGCGCCAUCCUUGGCGGCGGCACGCCCGGCAGUAUCCGAAGCACCCCGGGCAGCGUCGGGCCGUCACCGGGGGGUAGCGCGUACGGUGGAGGUGGAAGCUAUCACCGGUACACGCCAGCAUCGCCGCGACCCGAUGACCCGUCGAGCAGCGGUGGCGGCAUCGGCGCAGAUGGCAAGUUCCAAAUGUCGUUGCCGCAGCGCGGUGGCUCUUAUGGUGGCGGCCGCGGCGGCGGCGGGGGCGGGGCCGGUGGAGGGUCGUACAGCCGGCGGUCACAGCAGGCACAGCCACAUUCACAAUAUGUGGGGAAAGUGGUACGUGUUGUGAAGGGUCCCUACAACGGCUACCGAGGCCGUGUCAAACAGCAAACCGCCACCCACGUUCAGCUGGAGCUCGAUGCAGUGGCGGGGCGGCCGGUGACUGUGCCCAUGGAGUACGUGACGCUGGGAGAAGCACCCAAGUCGGGCACCGCGGCGGCGGUGGUGACGGCAGGCUACCGCGCGGGUGCCGGGGGUUACGGGGCCGCUGCAGGGCGCGGAGGCGACGGCCGGUGGGGCGCCGACGGGCAACCGCCCCAGACACCAGCGCACCCGGGCAUGCAGACGCCCGCCCACUACUCCAUGACGCCCGCACAUCCAUCCAUGACCCCAGCGCACGCGCCGUACACGCCAGCCCAUGCGCCGUACACUCCCGCACACCACACGAGUGGCGAGAACGACGGCUACUGGGGCGACGGCGGAUCACGGCACCAGCCCAUGACUGCGCCCACGCCCGGCUACGGCGGCACCGCCCCCACGCCGCAGCAGCAGGCCAUGACGCCCGCGCUUACGCCGCAGGGCUUCACGCCGCAAGAGGCUAUGCACGCGCCCACACCGGCGGACCUUCAUCUACACCCUCACGGUGUUGCGGGUACGUGCCUGCUCGGACUAGAGAAUUGCGCGGUCGGGGGGGUUCGGGGCGUGGGGACAGUGAUGACGUUGGCAGUGGUUGAUGAGGAUGGGGACGGAGGUACCCCCAAUUUGGCGCCUACACCUGGCCUGGCCCGCACACCCUACCUGGCUGCUCCCACGCCUGGGGUGGACGCGGCGCCGACGCCGGGAGGAGCGCCCUACGAUGCAGGCGGGUAUACACCCGGCACACACGCCGCUACGGGCACGCCGGGGCUCACUGCGCCCACGCCGGGCAUGCCGACUGCCUACACGCCGGCCUUCACUCCUUCGGGGCACAUCUACACGCCAGGCACGCCGGGCGGCCUGGACGUGGGGACGCCCGCCGUGCUGGGUAUCAUGGAGGAUUUCGGCACGUGGGGUGGCAUCCUGGUGCAGACCCCCGAUGGCCGAUCGUGUGUGGUGCGGACCGCGCAGCCCGAUGGGACGCUCAGUCUGCAGCCGGGGGUAUACUCGCCGGAUGCUGGCUUCACGCUCGACGCCGGGGCCCCGCGUGAGACACACGACGCACGUACGCUAACAGUUGUGCGGCCUUCGAAGCGCGAUAAGGUCAAGGUCAUCAAGGCAGAGACGCAGGACGUGCUGGGCGUAACCGGCACCCUCAUCGGCAUUGACAAUGCAGACGGUAUUGUCAAAUGCGACCUCUGUGUGUUGGACUUGGCCGAUGUGUCAGGAACGCGUGGGGGGCAGGGGACAAGGCUCUGCCACCUGCUAGCGGACGAGAGUCUCCUUCGCCGGCUCUCUGGCAACACUGGCGAGGAUUGCGUCAGCGCACUGAGGUCAUUGAAUCUACCAGACAGCUUUUGGACAGACGAGUUUAAGGUGGUGCCUUGUUCCAAGACUUACGCGCACAAGUGGACGCUUUGCCCCUGCGCUCACAUUGGAGAAACGGCGCGGAGGCGAUGCCCUCGUACCGUUAACUACAAGGCGGUUCUCUGCCCACUAGUGAAAGCGAAAAAGACUUGUCCUCUCGGGGAGGGAUGCACCUACGCGCACAAUGUCUUUGAGCAUUGGCUGCAUCCAUCCAGGUACAAGACUCGCCUCUGCUCCUUUGGUCGCAACUGCAAUCGAUCUAUUUGCUUUUUCGCGCACAGCGCGGAGGAGCUUCGGUGCGUGCCGUGUGUGGAUGACAAGGAAGGUGAUGACCGGGAGUACCUCGUGCAACUCCUCAUGGCGCAAGAGAAUGGUUUAAUGCAGGCAUCCACAUUGGAGUCGGUGCCACCGGCGCCCAUGCCGCCGUUGCUGCCGACCAUCAUGCCGGACCUGAGCGCCGCCCUGCAGCAAGCCCUGCAACAGCCGUUACCCCCAUCCGCCCGGACCUCUGUCAACGGUCUGUCGGACGCAGCCGCGAUUAUGUCGGCGCGCCAGUCCAUGAACGGCUUGUCCGUGAGCGAGCUCAUGUCUGCUCGACCUUCCUUGUCGGGCCUGCCCGGUGACCCCAGCGCUGCGAUGCUUCGCGCCUCCAUGUCUGGUGCCCCGGAUGCCCAUGGUCCUGGCAACAUGCUGCUGAGGGCUCGUCCGUCCAUGAAUGGCCUGUCGGACCGCACCACCACAGCCUUCGCGUCGGCGCGGGCUUCCAUGAAUGGCCUUCCCGAUGGCGCCUUUGCGCGUGCGCGUCCCUCACUCAACGGCCUCUCCGAGAACAACGCCGCCACCGCAGCGAGCAUGCUCUUGUCUAUGCAGCGUGCCGUUUCUACCGAGAUCAACUCGGCCUUGAACGCCGCAACCAUGCAACGCGGCAUGUCGAGCGAACUUGGCGUUAUGGGCGGUGCGGCGGGUAUGGGAAUGGCGAUGGGGAUGGGAAUGAACAUGGCAGCACCCUUCCAUGCUGCCGCGAUGCAGCACGCCUUGUCGGGAGAUCUCCCAUCGGCGCACCUUAAUGCGGCCGCGGUCGCUAUGGAGCGUGCGUUCUCCCGCGAGCUGAACACUGGAGGUACCGUUGGCGGCACCGCCGGCUCCAUCUCACCAGUCCAACCAUCAGCCGAAGCGGCUGCGGCAGCGGCUCUCGAGCGCGCUUUCCCUGGCAUGCAGUCCCAGCUGCCACCGCAACAGCGGGAGUUGGUUGGGCCCGCUUCCCACCGGCGAGACCUGUCUUCAUUGAACCCCACACAGUCCAUUAACUCGGUUGAGUCGGACUCCCUAAUCCAGCUGCGACACGGACCCAUGGGCGGCGUGGGGACAGGAGGCGGCACAACCGGCGCCGCGGUCCUAGGCGGUUACGGAGCAUGCGGUGCUUUCGGCUUUGAGGCCGCAUUGGGUGGUCCUCAACCACCGGCUCGCAUCAGCGACCCAGGUUCCAACUUCCAUAUGGCCCUGCCUAGUGGGAUGGCGGGCAUGGCGGCGUCCCAUGCGCGCGUCUCUGACUCUGGCAACAAGCUGGGCAUGAUCUGCAGUAAGGAUCUGCAGAACCUGGAGUCACUGCUGCCGUUGAUGAACAACGCCCUAGCUUCUGGGGCACUGGCGCUGCCAAUGGCGGCCUCGGGCGACAACAUGCGGCGCAGCAACUCUGGUGGCAGCAACAGCAGCGGUCGCUUGCUGUCGCCGUCCAUGCAAGACCACAUCAGCUCUGGCUCACCGUCGCAUAGCGGCACCCUGACUCCGCUGUCGUCUAAGUCCGUCGAGGCGGGUUCGGCGGAGGGCGCAGGCGGAGGCGCUGUUUCGGCUACUGCUACCGCUUCUGGCAAUACUAGCUCGCCGUCAAGGACGUUCGAAGGCACGGCUGCACUUAAGGGAAUGUACAUGGCGGCAAUGGCGGCGGCGUCCGCGGGCUGUGGCAGCGGCAUCCACCCUAACGGCGCAACCAACUUCGCCCUGCAUCAGGCUCCAAGCGGUAGUGGUGCAGACCAGGCGUAUCUGAACGGCCUGGUGGCGCAGCUGCAGGAUCAAGGUGUAAACAAGGACCAAUUGGUGUCGUCUGAGCAAUGUGUGGAGCUGUUCAUGCGGCGGUCCUAUGCCGUGUUCCUGCAAAUCUAUGCGGCGGGAUUUCGGCGGCACUGA